AGAAUCCUUUGUGCUCUACAGAGCAUCAGAGUCCUCUUGUUUCCGGUGCUUUCCCUCUUAUUCCCACUCUAGUUCUAAAUAUUCAUAUUCUUGAGAGAGAAGAGAUCUAAUUAGAUAGAGUGAAUCAUGGGAAGGGCUCCUUGCUGUUCCAAGGUUGGUUUGCAUAGAGGUCCAUGGACUCCUAGAGAAGACACAUUACUCACCAAGUAUAUUGAAGCUCAUGGUGAAGGCCAUUGGAGAUCCUUGCCAAAAAAAGCUGGCCUCCUCAGGUGUGGGAAGAGUUGCAGGCUAAGGUGGAUGAACUAUCUAAGACCAGACAUAAAGAGAGGCAACAUAACCCCCGAUGAAGAUGACCUAAUUAUCAGACUACAUUCACUUCUUGGCAACCGUUGGUCUCUCAUCGCCGGUAGGCUUCCGGGUCGAACCGAUAAUGAGAUCAAGAACUACUGGAACACCCAUCUUAGCAAAAGACUCAGAAACGAAGGCACCGAUCCAAACACCCACAAAAAAUUAUCUGAGCCGAUAGCCAAAGAAAAUAAAAGGAGAAAGAACCAAAGAAGCAAGAACAACAACAAUAAGAAGGAGAUGGUGAUGACGAAAGACAAGAAGAACAAGAAAACAGCCCAACAUGUGGAGCCACAAAAGCCUAAGGUUCAUCUUCCAAAACCUACUAGGUUUACUUCCUUUUUAUCCCUACCAAGAAAUGACAGUUUUACUAGUAGUACUACAGUUACCACUGGGUCUUCAAGCCAAGACUUAAACAGAGGGGGAGGGAGAGAAGGAGGAGGAGGAGGUUUUGGUGUUAAUACUUGGUGUAAUAAUGGGCUUGUGUUUUGUGUUGGUGAUGAAGAUCAAGAUCAUGAUCCUAUUAAUUCUUCAGCUGAUGGCGGUGAUGAUCAUACGCUUGAAAAUCUAUAUGAAGAAUAUCUACAGGCGCUUCUGAAGACAGACCAUCAUCAUGAUCAUCAAAAUCAACUUGAAUUAGAGUCAUUUGCCGAGUCACUGUUAAUCUGAAAAAAAACAAAAAACAUAUUAGUAUAAGAUAGAUAAAUUAGUAUGGUCGUCCCGCGCAAGGGUCUAAUAAUAGGGUUUGAAUUUUAGGUUUUCACGUGCUUACCGUCUAGUUUGUAGCCAUCUCUGUGUAAUAGUGGACCUCUUUAAUCUUUAUUAUAUUUGUUAAUUAAUAA